AUGGAUGUGCUAUUUGUUCAUGUGACUUAUCCUUUAGCAAAAAAGAUAGUUUCUUUCUAUAGAAGUAAUAUUGAUCAUCCGAACUUGAUCAGUACUCAAGUCAAACAAGACAUUGAUCCAGAAUCCAGUGGUGGGAUGAAUGGUUACAUUUUUGUUUCUAAUAGACCAGUGCAGCCUGCGCAAAUAGAUUCACCAAUUAGUGGCAUGGAUAUGAUUGCUGAUAAUAAAGUCUUGUCAGUGUUCUACAAGUGUCUAGCCUUCCAUGUACACAUUCCUAGACCACCAAGUGGAGUUCAUUAUCCAAAUAAGUCUAUCCUCAAGAAGCAUGUUAAACCCACACCAUUUUUUUGGCAUGAGAAGUCUGCUGUUGUUGGACGGUUGCAUUCUUUAAGCUAAACAAAUGGACUCACAACAAAGACAAGUGCACAAAGGAUGAUGAAUUGAAGGAUGGAGCAAGUUUCACGCAUGGUUUACUUUUGUGUAUCUUGUAAUGUUUCUAUUUUUCAUUUUUGAAGUAAAAAUUGUUCAAGAUUAUAAAACUUUAUUAUGUUAUGCUUUCAAACUUAAGUUAGA